GUACUUCCGCGUUAUCACGUGACUGCUGUGAGGAAGCGCCGCAGCAUCACAACAACAAAAACCUGAUCAUUUAUCCCCAAUUUAACCAAGUUAUACCCAUCCAGAGGUAUCCCCGAAGAUCCCGCGGACCGCAGCCUCUCCCCGGAGCCUCCCCCGCAGUCCCGGAGCCUUCAACCCGCCGUGUGAGCAGUUUUUCGGGCGUUUGGGAGGAUGACUGCGGCGGUGUUUUUCGGCUGUACGUUCAUCGCGUUCGGCCCCGCCAUCGCCCUGUUUGUGUUCACCGUCUCCAGAGAGCCGCUCCGGGUCAUCUUUCUGAUCGCAGGGGCGUUCUUCUGGCUGGUUUCUCUACUCCUCUCAUCCUUGGUCUGGUUCAUCUCGGUUCAGAUCAGUGACAAAAACAGCCUAUCUCAGCAGAAAGGACUCCUCAUCUUCGGAGUGGUGCUGUCUGUGCUGCUCCAGGAAACCUUUAGAUUCGCCUACUACAAACUGCUCAAAAAAGCCAAUGAGGGUCUUCUGACUCUGAGUCAAGAGGAGACGAUGCCGAUCUCCAUCAAACAGCUCGCCUAUGUCUCCGGCCUUGGUUUUGGUUUUAUGAGCGGUGCGUUUUCGGUGGUGAAUAUUUUGGCUGAUUCGGCAGGCCCCGGAACAGUCGGUAUCCAUGGAGACUCCCAGCACUACUUCAUCUCCUCAGCAUUCAUGACGAUGGCGAUCAUCCUUCUGCACAUGUUUUGGGGCGUGGUGUUUUUUGAUGGCUGUGAGAAGCAGCGCUGGUGGGCUGUCGCCGCGGUGAUCAUCAGCCACCUCACCGUCUCCUGUCUGACAUUCCAGAACCCGGAAUAUGUGGCCAGUUUGGUGCCCACAUACGUCAUGUUAUUCCUGAUGGGAGUGUGGGCGUUCUAUUGCGCAGGCGGAUCGAUCAGGAAUCUCAAACUCUGCAUCACCUGCACUGACAAAGACUUUCUGCUCGCUAACCACCGCGCAAGAUAACUCCAAAAAGUAACAAAAACAUGUGCAAAACAUGAAUUUAACUGAUUUCUAAACAGAUUGGUUCACAAUAUUUUAGAAUUCGAUGAUGUCGUUUCAGAUGGAGGGCAGGGGUCUAUAAUCAAUUGGCAAUUUACAGUUGUUGAAAGAAAACAAACUAUCUAAUCUAAAACUAAAACUAGUCUUGGAAGUAAAUACUCAUUUGAGCAAGUGUCUUUACUGAAGUCACAUUCACAGGAUAGAAAUAAACCUUUCCUGAAUAGCUUUAGAAUGAGCUUGAGCUGUAUCAGAACAAGUAUAAGACACAUAGAACAGUAUACACUCAUGGACCAGUAUGGGACCUACCUGGACACUGAGGGAUUACACAGAUAUAAGGCCACAUGGGAAUAUAAAAGAAAGUACUAUUGUUUAAUGUGGAAUAUCACAUUCUAUUGUGUAAAGAAAGAGUGUUUUUAUUAUCAAGUGGUAUCCGAAUCAGUAUUGAGUAACGGGUCUGUUACUUUGUAUCGAAAUUGAGGUUGAAAUUUUAGUAUCGUGACACUAAUAUUAUACAGACAGAGAAGACAUUGGACUUUGUUUCAUCUGGAUAAUUAAAGAUAUUAACCAUAAACUAGGUACAAACAACAAAUUCUACCAUCAAAUUCAGAAUUGACCUGCACUUCAACUUUAAACUGCUUACUACACUACCUUUUAAGAUGGAGGACCGGUCAGAAUUCUCAGGUGGAAAUCUCUGUGUAACUUGUCAGACUGCAGGUGUGUUGACCUGGUUUAUGGUUAAAAUUUCUGUAAUGAGCUAAAUGACUUGUUUACUUCAGCAUAAAUUUUGAAAGGAUCACUCACAAAAAUAAUACAUUUCAACAUUUGUGGAUCAUAAAUUUAGAUCUUUUUAAAAAUAAGGCUUAGUAAGUUUCUCCAUCUAAAACUAUGAGAUCAUCAAAUUCUAGACCGUGAACACAACCCACAGGACUCAUGACAAAUGGACCAAAAUGGGCUCUUUAAAAAAAACCUGACCAUGUGUUGUUCUUGGUCUUUCUUGGUUUUCACAUUUCAAUUUGCUAAUAUAAAAAAAAGUUUUACCUUACGAUGGUACAGAAAUCUUGAAUGUUACCAAAAAUACUUCUAAUUCUACCAGGUACAUCACCUAUGGACUUUUAAGAGAGAUCUGGAGUCUAACCCACAACCUCCUGACUGAGAGGAGAUGACCGGACAACCACUCUGCCACUGUGCAUGUGCAUUACUCUUUUCUUGUUAAUUUGUUUUAGAGCUGAUUUUAAAUGUACAAUAUUUCAUUUGACUUUGGGUGUGGGGUUUAUUUACUGCAGACACCGGUUUUGAAGCAGUUUUGGGGUUUUUUUCUUGACAAUAUUUUCUGUGAAUCUGUUGUAAAUAGAAUGUGAUUUUGCUGUUCACCUGUCCCUCAUUUGUAUCUCAUUAGGAUUAAUUAAAUUUGUCUAAAAACUGACUGAAAAGUUAAA